AUGUACACAUCAAAUUACAGCCACGUCGCUGUUCGUGAUAGACUCGAGAAAUCUAUCUUUGCUUCAUUUAUGAAACAAUCAUUAAUGCUGACCUACUCCUUUGCUUCCCAUAAGGAUGCCAAAAGUUGGACAUCUUCCUCCGAUCCCGCGAGCCAACCUUCAUCGACGGACACGUCCGGGAACAGCUCAGGAGGCAAGCGACGUAAGGCUCCUGGUGAAGAGGCGAAAGGUGAACGUGAGAAGGAUGCCAAAAGUCCCACAAUUUUCUCCGACCCCGCGAGUAAACCUUCCUCAAAGGAUCCGUCCGGGAGCAGCUCAGGAGGCAAGGGAAGUAAGGUUUCUGGUGACGAGCGGAAAGGUGAAUAUGGGAAGGUAAUUGCUGUUUUCCGAUACACGUGU